AUGAGCAGCUCGCACGGGCCCAGUACUGCAGGCCGUGCCCCGACGACAGCCAGGUCUGCCACACGAGCCGCAGCGUUCCGUCAGCAACUGGCCGCUCCAAAGUCCCCACUGCAGUGCGGGCUCACCCUCUGCCCGCGCUGCUCCGCCAAGCCCAACUGCCGCCAUACUGCCAGCGUGUGUCUUUAUUUACGUGUGACAGCGUCCCAGGUCGGCGCGUCUCCAGCCCAGAGGUCGCUGCGGGACUUUCUGCUGCAGCUGGGCCACGCGCUACCGCUGGCAGACUCCCCGUGCAGCCAAGCUGGGGAGAUUGUCUGUGCUACGGGCUGCUAUGGGGUGAUCCUCUGCGUGUCAAACGGCCAGGGAGGCUUCCAGGAGGUGGUGCUGGAGACGUGCACUCCGGCCACUACCAGGUGCAGUGCCGAGCAGGGGACCUGCGUGACUGGCCCCACGGCCUGUGGCGCUGACACGACCGGCAGCAUUCCCUGCCACAGCCUCGGGUACUUCCCAGACCCGUACAACUGCAGCGUCUUCCACUUCUGCUCCGAACUGUACAUCAACUCCCAGCGAAUGGUGUGCGCUGCCGGACACGCCUACAAUCCUCUCACGAGUGACUGCAGCUUUCUGACGUCGGAUCCAGUCUGCACGAGCGGUCCCCCCGUCCCUGCCUGUGCCAGUGUGGGUCAGAGUGGAGCACUGGCCACCAAUCCAAGCAUCUACUACGUCUGCACAGUCGACGCUAAUAACGUACUGAUCCCAUCGCUCUACAAGUGCGACAACGGAGAAAUAUAUGACGCCCCAACAUACACCACCACCACAUCCAGCUCUGCCCCCAUCCCAGGCACCCCCUGCUCGCCACCACUGAUCAGGGUCGCCGACCCGGAUGAUUGCACACGCUACUACGAGUGCAGCGAGAACUGGACGUGGGUGCAUGCUGCCUGCACCUACGGCACCUACUACAACCCCGUGCACAACCGCUGUGAGUUUGGCUUCUGCUAA